AUGAAUUCCUUCAACCUUCUAUUUCUGUUCAUCUUCCUCAUCAUCAACUCAACUACACAAGCACAGAACCCAACUUACCUCUACCAAUCCUGCACAAAAAACCAAACCAACCCCAACAGCCUCUACCACACAAAACUCAAAACCCUUUUCUCUUCACUCUCUUCCAACGCCACCAACAACAACGAAUUCUACAAAACCACAAUCCCUAGCAAAAACCCUUCAAACACCGCAUACGGUCUAUUCAUGUGCAGAGGCGACGUUUCCUCUCCCCUCUGCCAACAAUGCGUCGCAAACGCAACACAAAAACUAUCAACAGACACAGAUUGUUCCUCAUCAAAACAAGCUGUUAUCUGGUACGACGAGUGCAUGGUUCGGUACUCCAACACCUCUUUUUUCUCCACCGUCGCUACAAGCCCAGAUAAAGCUGCGAAUUCUUCUGUCGGUGCUAAGAAAUAUGCAACAAAGGAAGCUAGGAUCUCUGGAUUUCAGACGCUGUACUGUAUGGCUCAGUGUACAGAUGAUUUAUCUCAACUAGAUUGCAGUUCGUGUCUUAGUGAUGCCAUUGGAGCUCUUCCACAGUGCUGUAAUGGAAAGCAAGGAGGAAGAGUUUUGUUUCCUAGCUGUAAUAUUAGAUAUGAAUUGUACCCUUUUUAUGGAAACGUUACUCUGUCACCGGCGCCUUCAACAUCACCUGCAUCUUCAGCAGCACCAGUGAUUGUUCCUUCAACAAACACUCCUAAUUUGGGAGGAAGUAGUGGGAUCUCAUCAGGUACAAUUGUUGCAAUUGUGGUUCCAAUUACAGUGGUGGCACUGCUAUUUAUUGUAGGAAUUUGUUUCUUAUGCAUAAGAGGGCGGAAGAAGAAGCAUGACUCUGCUGCAGCACAGGAUCUGAAAACUGAAACCGAUAUUACCACUGUGGAAUCUUUGAGAUUUGAUUUGAGUACACUUGAAGAAUCCACAAACAAAUUCUCAGAAGCUAAUAAGCUAGGUGAAGGUGGAUUUGGCGAGGUUUACAAGGGCGUGCUUCCGAGCGGACAAGAAAUAGCUGUCAAGAGACUCUCUAAACACUCGGGACAAGGCGGAGAACAAUUUAAGAAUGAAGUUGAACUGGUUGCACAACUUCAACAUAGAAAUUUAGCUAGGCUUCUGGGAUUUUGCUUGGAAAGAGAUGAAAAGAUACUUGUUUAUGAAUUUGUAGCCAACAAAAGUCUUGACUAUAUUCUUUUUGAUCCUGAAAAACAAAGGCUAUUGGAUUGGACAAGGCGUUACAAGAUUAUUGGAGGGAUCGCUCGAGGCAUUCAAUAUCUUCAUGAAGAUUCAAGGCUUAAAAUAAUUCAUCGGGAUCUCAAAGCUAGCAACAUAUUGUUGGAUAAAGAUAUGAAUCCAAAAAUCUCCGAUUUUGGUAUGGCAAAAUUAUUUGGAGUGGAUCAAACUCAAGGAAAUACCAGCAGGAUUGUAGGGACAUAUGGUUACAUGUCUCCGGAGUAUGCAAUGCAUGGAGAUUUCUCUAUUAAGUCUGAUAUAUACAGUUUUGGAGUCCUCGUUAUGGAGAUUAUAAGUGGCAAGAAGAACAGCUCUUUCUAUGAAACAGGUGUUGCCGAGGAUUUAAUUUCCUAUGCAUGGAAACUUUGGAAGAAUGGAACACCUUUGGAAUUGGUCGAUCACACAAUAAGAGAAUCCUAUACUCCAAAUGAAGCUAUAAGAUGCAUCCAUAUUGGUUUAUUAUGUGUGCAAGAAGAUCCGGACGAUAGACCUACAAUGGCAACAAUAGUGCUCAUGCUAGAUAGCCACACUGUUACUUUACCGGUAGCGAAGCAGCCUGCAUUUUUUCUACAGAGUGGCGCUGGUCCGCACAUGCCAACAAUACAGAUUAGUCAAUCUGAUAAUACCAAUUGA